AUGCAAGUGACGUUGCUGAAGGAUGCGUCCCGCGAGGAAGACGUCGAGUUGCAGACUCACGCCGCUGGGGGACCCCGGCGCGUCGUGAAAGGGCCGAGUCGAUGGUCGGACAACGCGUGGGAUACCAUCCGUCGAGCUGUAUUUGUCACGAUAUACGUCGUCGCGCUGAUACUGUCGUCGACGCUCGUGUGCACGUGGAUCACGGAUGCCAUCCGCGCGCUGCGUCAGGACCACAUGGGUCAGCAGUUUUCGUUGGAAGCCGCGAUGCUUUCGUUCCACACAUACGGUGUCAUGUACUCGAUGUGCAUGGACGUAGCUGUGCGCGAGAACCUCAUGCAGACCGCGCGUGGAUGGAAACACGAGCAAGUCAAGUUCAAGACAGCGGUCGAGGCGAGUCAAGCGGUCGUGGACGCCAUGGCCAUGCACACGAACGAAUGCAAAGAUGCGCUUCGCCAAGUGCACGCAACGUUGCAAGCGUCGAACGCGCACUUGAAAUGUACGACGACGGCGGAUUUGCUUGAGCUGGAAACGCUCAACAACGCGUGGGCGAUGCGCCAACCCGUGAGCGAAUCCUGGCUGCUCUUGGAGACGUCAAACGCGACCCGCAACGGCACCAUGGACGGCGACGUGACGACGAUCACCGAAGGCCACAAAGCAGGGCUCAUCCGUCGAUUGAACGAAUCAAAUUUGGCGAUGCAGCGUGCGGUGGAGAUGGGCGCGGACGAAGCCAACAGUCGGUUCGACCGAAUGCAGCAGAUUGCCACGUCGCUCCAAGACAGCUUGACGUUUCCGUCUGCAACCAAUGGCCUCCCCAUUGCGAUGGGGCAAGCGCUCCAGUCGACCCAAGAAUCGUUGCGGGAAAUCAAGUCGAUGUGGACUGCGAUGGAACCGGUCUUGGCCAUGGCCGGCGCCAAAUCGGUGCCGCCCACUUUAGUCCUCAACGAAAUGGACGCAAAUCUGGACAUGAUGAUCCAAGUGGAGCAGUCGUGGAGUAGACAACUCGAGAACCUCCAACGCGCUAUCAACGACACCCACGUGGAUGCUGAGCAUCUGCGAGAGGCUGUCAUGGUCUACUCGGGCGACGUCAGUGCGGAAUUGCAGCUGCUCUCGAAUGAUGUGAACCAGUCGACAGGGGACAUUGCGGCAUACUCGAACUGGACGAUUCGAACGGCCCUGUUGCAGCAAAAGCGACGUCCCGAUGGUCUCUACUUCCCCCCGUUGGGCAUGGCAAACUGGACGAACAAGUCGUCCCAUGGCAACAGCUCCACCCCCCAGAGCUAUGGCUUGGACAUCCACCUUGAAGGGAUCGUUCUCACCGUCCCCAUCGACAUGGUGGGUCGAGUUGUCGUUGCCAUAGCAUUGGCCAUCAAGGUCUGGAACAAAAGCUAUGCGAGCAUUCCCCACCUGGACAACCAAGGGAUCACGACGAUUCGAACCAUGGCGGACUGGCUGGACGUGUUUCGGUGCCGCCACAGCGCCUCGAGCGUCCUCUACAGCCUCUCCACGAUCCAGUUGAUGCCGUACUUUUGGGCGAUUCUCGUCAUGACGGUCUGCUCUGGAGCAACGUUUGGCUUUGUCGUCCCUGUGAAUCGCAUGCACAUACGGGCAUGUUCGAGCUUGACCAGCACGGACAAGGCGGCGACGUCACUGGGGGGCUUCCUCGUCAAUCUAGCAGCCAAGCAUGCCCAAGCCGACGGGGAUGUUCAAGCCAUGGAGGGCUACGCUCAGCUCCAGUCGAUUCAUGACCGCACUUGCACGACAUAUCAACACCAACUCGACGCGCUGAACGGCGCGGCUGUUGCCAAUGCGUCGGUGUGGAUGGACGAUUACAGCCAUUUGCAUGCCUUGGUGAAACUGUUUGGCCAGUGCAAUCGCUCGACCUCGACUGCAACAACAAACGCGUCCAUGCUCGGAAUGUGCGGUGUGCAGCCAGCGAUACUCCGAGAAAGGAUUGUCGCGGCCAACUGGGCGUGUCCACCCAAAAACUGGACGCUGGAGUCGAUCAAAGCCCCAUGCACGAUGGCAUUGACCCAGGAAUUCAAGGACACUGAAGGCAAGGCGCACGGGUGUGCCCUUGAGCGGCGGAUCCUCGAGACGGUGGCCAUGUGGUGGGUGUGGCUCGUCCUUUUGGGCAUGCUGAACCUCAUGCGGCUGGUCUUGAUGAAAAUCGUUGCGAUGACGCUGUGGCGGGCGCUCAGUGGUGGCCGCAUGCCGUUUGUCGGAUUUGUUGGCGACGACGGUGCGGUCUUGGACCAGAAUCAGCUCACCUAUCGCUUUGAGCGCCAACUAGACGAGUACAUUUUGCUUGGACGACUUCACGCGAUAUGUGCUGCGAUUGUGUUUGCCAUUGGAGUGGCAUUGAUCGCCGCGACCUUGAGCAGUUUGGCAUGA